CAGUCUGUCUUAAUCAGAGUGAAAUCGCGCUAGGUUCAGCCCCAGGUCCAUUGAAGAACUAUGUCAGCAUGAGCCACCCGGCCCAAACCCAAAUUGUUGAACUUUUUUUGAAUAUCAAAUGGGGUUCGGAUCUCUUCAACCACCGUAAACAUGCACCUGGCGAUCGAUCCCCUCUCGUUAUUCCGUCCACACAUGUGUGUGGCCCGCGCUUAAUAAUGGCUGUCCCAACACUCCAUAUCAUAUAAAUUGGGCUCCAAUAUCAGUUCUGUCUAUCCAAAUCCUCUUGUUUCACUACUCAUCUCAUUGCCAUGUUUACCGGAUGCUUCUUACCUGACUGUCCAUGCCAAUCUACGAGCCCGCAAGACUCCGCCAUAAUAGACGUCGAGCCCAGCGCUGCCGCUAAUGCGCGGGACUCGGAUGCUGAGGUAGUCGUCUAUCGUUGCUGCUGGGACACCCAGGGUUCUCCCUGUGGAAUUUUCAUCGAAGGUUCUCCCAUGGACAUCCUCUCUCAUCUUCGGGAACGACAUGGUGUCGUGUACUCUGCCGACGCGGAUAUUGAAUGCCGCUGGAGUUCAUGCUCGAUGGACAGACGUCUGAAAAUGAGCAGUAUAACGAGGCACAUCGCGAGGCAUCUGGGCAUUCAAUUCAGAUGCUCGCGAUGUGGACUCACGUCUCGUGACGACGUCGUUCGUGACCAUAUCAGAAGGAACCCUGGCUGCGCUGACGCUGCAGUACAGCUGGUUCCCGGCUCAGGAGCCCAGCGGAUAGUCUCAGCGUGACUUUUUUGCGCCCACUGAUUUGACUUUUAGCCAAAUUAGUUCCUAUAUACGUUAACUACGUUAGUACUUACUACGAAUGCCGCAUGGCUGGGACGCGUUAUGGGUUGUCUAUGCAUG